UGCUUCCGGCCAUGGUUUUGUUCUUCCCAAUACCCCUCUCCUCCCCAGUCACUCUCCAGGCUUGCACAUGGUCGGAAACAGCACUGAGCAAGGCAUUAAGAGGAGGGAGGCCAGGAGGGCAAUCAAGAAGGAGGGAGCAAGAAAGGCCCAUGAUGCCUAAAUCCGAUUUGCCUUGCGUUAAAGAGCUUGGGGGCAAAUGUGAUCAGUGCAACCAAAAUAGCCCCUCUCUUUGUGUGUAUAGUGUGUGUGUGUGCACGCAUGCACACUCACAGCCACCAGGUGUGGCAAGCGCAGGGCUGCGUGGUCCUCUCAACCCUCUUCCCCCGCCUCAGGGAGUCUAUAUAAGAAGGUGCCGAGGUACCAGCCAUUCCACUAGCUCUGUUGAAAGAGGACCAGGAGGACGAGCUUGGAGCAUUGGCGGUGCAGGGCGAGCGUACAGCCAAACCAUGGGCAAUAGUAAGAGUGGGGCCCUCUCCAAGGAGAUCCUUGAAGACCUGAAGCUGAACACCAAGUACUCGGAGGACGAGCUGUGUAAAUGGUACGAGAGCUUCCAGAAGCAGUGCCCGGAUGGGCGCAUCAGCAGGUCCGAGUUCGAGAAGAUCUAUGCCCAGUUCUUCCCCAACUCUGACCCCAAGGUGUAUGCCCGGCACGUCUUCCGAAGCUUUGACACCAACGAUGAUGGGACCCUCGACUUCCGGGAGUACAUCAUUGCCCUCCACCUCACCUCCACCGGCAAGACCAACCUUAAACUAGAGUGGGCUUUCUCGCUCUUUGACGUGGACCGCAAUGGAGAAAUCAGCAAGAACGAGGUUCUUGAGAUCGUCACGGCCAUAUUUAAGAUGAUUCCUCCAGAAGAGCAGAAAACCCUGGCUGAUGAUGAAAACACCCCCCAGAAACGGGCCAACAAGCUGUGGGCAUAUUUCGGCAAGGGAGAAACAGACAAACUUGCUGAAAAGGAGUUUAUUGAAGGGGUGAUGAAGAACGAUGCAAUAAUGAAGCUCAUCCAGUAUGAACCAAAGAAAAAAUAAGGGGUUGGGGGUUGGAGGAGGAGGAGGAG